UCUACAUUAUUUUGCUAAUACUAAAACGAAACGUAAUUUCCACUCAUGGAUUGAAGGCGGAAUCUAUAUUAGUGGGUUAUUUCGUGAAUUUUCAUCUUUUCGUGCUGUUUCAGUAAUGAUGUCCGGGUAUUAUGACCAGCACCAUCGCUGGGAGCCACUUGCAGAAUUCCAUUUUAACAUUGACAGUGAUGAAGACGAGCUGUUUGAUGAAAAUAACUAUGUCUACUGCUUAUGCAGCAGAGUUUGUAUCAGGGAUGGCGUAAGGAGACAUGCUGAAAAAGAAGAAGGCAGCGAGAGUGACGUGGAAGUUCUCCAGGACUCGCAAUUCCAUGAGUGGGAGGACGAAUCCCAUGUGCACUUCUCCGUCGAUACUUCCUAUAAAGUGAAGUGCGAGAAAGAUGAAGGCGCCAGUUGUUACUGCAGCGCGUCUCACACAGACAACUACUGUUCCACGGACGAGCAUGACCCAGCCCAACUCCAUCUAUCCCACGCGCUGCAGCCCAGCGACAGCGGAGCAGACCUCACCUACCCUGACUGCCUCUCUGACAACUACAAACUCGAGAAGAUGGACCAAGACUACCCCCUAACAGAAACAAAUGAGAACUAUAUGUCUGAAAACACUUGGGAUAAAUUCUGGGCAGUCAACGGAGAAAGACUCAUUUGGGCAUCCUGGAUCAAAAAGUACAGUGAUUACAUAAACCCAAAUUAUUUAGAUGAAAACAAUGAACUCGCUCUGGACGACCAGAGCAUACCGAAACAGCAUUCAGCUGAUGCUAUAUUUGAAAAAGAAACAGACAGAUUUAAGAAAAAUGAAGAGGAAAGUAUGAGAGACAGAAAAUUCUCGUAUGACUCUAAAGUUAAUCCGUAUAAGAAGAAGAAAUCUAAUCAGCCUGUAGAAAAAAGUGAUAAGAAUGUGGAUGGGCAGAAAGAUGAUAUUUGGUUGCCUAUAGGGAGGAGACGGUCAUGUUCAGAAAACGACAGAAUGCUUAGUCCUAGAACUAUGGCUGGGACUGACUCCAUGACAAAUGUGACUAAGAUCACUCUCUCAAGUUACGACGUAACUUCGAGCCAUGUUACUUCAGAAUCUACUGCAUCUGAUGACUACAGUGUAUCAUCAUCAACAUCUGAUGAUCAAAACGAUCAAACAAGAAUAGCUAACAUUGAUGAAAAUCAAGAUCAACCAUUAUCAGAAGAGUUAGACACUGAGCAAUAUUGGCAGUUCUUAUGGAAGAAACAUUUCGGAGAUCAAUACGCAUUGCAUUACGCGAAUUAUCUUGAAAGUCAUUCACAGGAAACUAUGCCUGAAAUCACUAUAGACAAACUGCCUGAGAAGAAAAAUGAAGAGAAACUUCUCGAUGUCGAAUGUGAGAACAGCGAAGGGAAUUCUCAAGAGAUGCCAACAGUUAUAGAAGUACAGGCUCAAGUUGAUAAAAUUAAGUUAGACGAUAAAGUUAGUAAACCGAGGAAGAGGAAUAAGAAAUCAAGUUCUAGAUAUCUCGGGUCAGUCGGGGUGUUACUACAGAAUUUGCUUAAAGAAGAGCAAAAGAAAGCUCAAGAACCGACAGAUGGUACCGGAGAUCAGAGUCAGAAUGAUACAAAUCUAAGUCCAAAUGAUGUCAAAGAGGCAGACACAGUUGACGGAGUUACUACAACACCUCAAAAUGAUAUUAACAACCGGUCGGUCGAAAGGGACGGCGGUGAUGAGCCUCCAGAGGAAAGACCGGUGUCUUUAAAGAGAAGCCACGAACUAGAUGAGGAUACAGAGGACAGUUCAGAGAUAAUAAAAGAUACGUUUGAAGCGAUGGGUUUCUGCCUGAAGGCGGGCGGUAUGCCGCGCGGGCAGCUGGUGUACAAGAAGAGAGUGGCGCGGCUCCGGCCGCCGCGCAGCCGGCGCUACGGAGCGCCGAGGAAGACGUAUUUCGAUGAUGAUGGGAACCCUUGUGAGAUGGAUCAGGGUCAAGAAUCCCACGACGAAAGAGAAAUGCAAUCAGACGAAGAGUGUGCCGUGAAAUCGGACACAAAAAGAUGGAGACACACCAAGAUCAGCGGAGGAUGUCCUAGCCACCACACCAAGAUCAAUGGAGGAUGUACUAGCCACCGCUGCCUCGAUAGCGUUGCCGGAAUGGCCAACUCCGAGUCAACGAAACGCAGGCGCCGUCAGAAGCGACACACGAAAGCCGAUGACGUCACGGACAUGCCUAUAGAGUUGCAAGGAAACCCCAAAAUGCUCAAAUAUUGGAAGAAACGACAUUCCCUCUUUCACAGAUUCGACGAGGGCAUAAAGCUAGACUACGAGAGCUGGUUCAGCGUGACUCCAGAGAACGUGGCGUGGCACAUCGCCGACAAAUGUCGCUACGACGUGUUGCUAGACGCCUUCUGUGGAGCCGGCGGGAAUACUAUACAGUUCGCGCAUACUUGUAAGAAAGUGAUAGCAGUGGACAUCGACCCAGCGAAGAUCGCCCUAGCACAACACAACGCGGAAGUAUACGGGGUGGCAGACCGCAUAGAGUUCAUAGUUGGCGACUUCUUCAAACUGGCGCCGACUCUUAAGGCAGACGCUGUGUUCUUGUCACCGCCGUGGGGCGGGCCGUCUUAUUCAGAGAGUAACGAAUACGAUAUAGAGACGAUGCUGGAGCCGAAACCUGCGUCCGCUCUACUGUCCGCAGCGCGUACCGUCAGCAGCAAUGUCGCGCUCUACCUACCUCGCAACACUCGCACUGAUCAGAUCCUGUCUCUUGCUAAGGAGGUUGGUGGUUCCGUGGAAGUAGAACAGAGCUACUUGGAUCGACGGUUUGUCGCCAUCACAGCCUACUUCUACUGAUCUAUAAAACAUAAAGGCUGGAGAUAAUCCUGUCUGUGAAUGUGUCUACUAUUAAAGCAAUGGAACCUGCAAUAAAAGGGCAAAAAAUAGUACCUAACUACUAACUAACAAACAAGCACAUUUUUCUACACUAAAUAUUUUUUGUUUUUUUUAUACGAUAAGGGAGUAUUACCAAGGAUUAUUUAUAUAGGAUUUACAAUCU